UAGUGUCUCUUAAUGAACUAUAAUACUACUGCAUAAUUGAGUUUAUGUAACACAUGAUUGGUAACACUUCUUAAAAUGCAAAAUAUUAGAUUUAUAAGUAACACUUUGGUAACACUUUAUUAAAUUGUAUCACUUAAUGUAGCACUUUUAGCAUAGGUAAAAUUUUAAAGUAUCACUUUUAAAAUAGGUAGCAUUUUAUGGUAACACAAAUAUAAAUGUUACCUUAUUUUUUGGAAAAACAAAAUAAAUAAAACAUUUAAAUAAAAAAAAUACAAGUGUUAAUCCCAAAACUUAUACCAAUUCAUUAAAAUAGCCAAUUAGCUGCCAAACUUAAUAGAAAAUUUGGGCCAAAACCGCCAGAUUAAUAAAAAAAACAAGAAGAAGAAUAUUGCAAUCUCUCAAAAAAAAAAUUUCAUCUUCAUUCCCAGUUCAUCAACAGCGCCCUAGCAACGAUAGAUAAUCAAUUAGGUUUAAGCAAAAAUCUAUAAUUCCAUCUCCAUAAUUUCAUCAUAAUCUCGCGUAAUUUCAUCUGAAGUUUCGUUAGAUAAUCAGUUCGUCUCGCGCAAUUUCAUCUGAAAUCAAGUCAUCUCGAGCAAUUUCAUCGUGAUAUUGGGUUUCAUUGUAUUCGUGCUUCUAAUUUCAGGAGACGAAAUGAGUAGUUGGACCAACUUCUUACAAUCUAGUCAUGAGUAUGAGAAAGGUGUAGAGGAUUAUUUAGAUAAAGCGUUCUCUACACGAGCAAUUGGAGAUCAAAUUACUUGCCCGUGUAAGGCGUGCUAUCACCGCUUUUGGCAUCGUAAAGAGACAGUGUUCAAUCAUUUGAUUGCAAACGGGAUCGAGCCUGGCACCGAAGGAUGGCAUUGCUAUGAAAAGGGCAUGUCAACAACAUCAAAUACUAAAAAGGAUGUUGAAGACAUGCAUGAAGAUAUUGAACGUCUGAUAUAUGAUGUUCAUAGAGAUGUGGCAGAAAGGUAUGAAGGUGUUGGAGAUGAGCCCAAUGAUGAGGCUAAGAAGUUUUAUAAGUUAGUUGAAGAUGGAAAACAAGAGUUAUAUCCUGGGUGCAAAAAAUUUUCAAAGCUAUCAUUUCUUAUUCGUUUUUACCUUUUGAAGUGUACUCAUGGGUUAACUAAUAUAGCAAUUUCAGAGUUUUUAGAGCUUUUUCGAGAAGUGUUACCAGAUGCAUCCAAUUUGCCUAACUCUUUUAAUGAGGCAAAUAAAUUGAUAAAAGAUCUGGGUCUUCAUUAUGACAAGAUUGAUGCAUGUCGUAAUGAUUGUAUGCUAUAUUGGAAGGAGCAUGAAGUUGCCACAUCUUGCUAUGUUUGUCAUGCUCCAAGGUGGAAAGAAACACAGACUGAAUCCCAAGAAGAUAUUAGCAAUCAACCAUCUAAGAAAGUGCAUCAAGUCCCUAAAAAGUUCUUUGGCAUUUCCCUCUUAAACCAAGGCUUCAAAGGUUGUACAUGUGUUCAAAAACAGCAAAGCUAAUGAGGUGGCACGAUGAAGAAAGAAAUAAGGAUGAGUUAUUUAGGCAUCUUGCAGAUGGUGAGGCAUGGAAAGAGUUUAACCAAAAGUACCCAGAUUUUGCUAAUGAGGCACGUAAUGUUCGUUUAGGCCUCGUAAGUGACGGAUUCAAUCCAUUUCGAACUCUGAGCACACAACAUAGUACAUGGCUUGUUGUUCUAAUAAAUUAUAACUUACCACCAUGGUUGUGCAUGAAGCCAGAAUUCUUAAUGCUAUCUCUCCUUAUUCCCGGGCCCACCUCUCCUGGAAAUGACAUUGAUGUCUAUUUUCAACCAUUGGUUCAAGAACUCAAAGAUUUGUGGGAGUAUGGGUUGGACACCUAUGAUGCGGAGAAACGUCAAACAUUUAAGAUGCAUGCAUCUUUACAAUCAACGACCAGCGACUUUCCAGGUUAUGCUAUGUUAUCGGGUUGGAGCACCAAAGGGAAGUUUGCAUGCCCUUAUUGUCACUACGAGAUUGAUCAUCAUCACUUGAGUAAUAGUAACAAAUCCUGUUAUUGGGCUCAUCGUCGAUGGUUAGAUGAAAAUCAUCCUUGGCGGCAUGAUAUGGUGUCUUUUAAUGGGGGAAAAGGAAGAGAGGACAGCUCCAGAUCCUUUAACAAGGGAUCAAAUUUCAAGCUUGUUGGAAAACUGGGAAAACAAGUUUGGAAAGUUACAACCAAAGAAGAAAUAUGUAGAUUGUCCUUGGAGAAAGUCCUCUGUCUUCCACACUUUGCCUUAUUGGAAAUAUUGUGGGUGUCGUCAUCAUUUGGAUGUCAUGCACAUUGAAAAAAACGUUUGUGAUAAUGUGCUCGCAACUUUGUUAGACAUACCUGGAAAGUCAAAAGAUCAUCAUAAGGCUCGUUUAGAUCUGCAAGAAAUGGGUAUAAGGGGAGAACUACAUCCUUUGGAUGCAGAUGACGACCGAUAUGUUUUGUUGCCCAAUGCUUCAUUCUCAAUGACGAAGGAAGAGAAAAGCAUAUUUUGUAGUGUUUUGAAGAAGGCAAAGCUGCCCCAAGGUUGUGCAUCAAAUAUUGCAAGGUGUGUACAAGUCAAGGAGGAGAAAAUAUCAGGGUACAAGAGUCAUGAUGCUCAUAUAAUAAUGCAACACUUGCUUCCGUCAACAAUUAGGAAAACUUUACCAAAGCAUGUUGCUUUACCUCUUAUGAGAUUGAGUGGCUUUUUUAGGGAAAUAUGCAAGAGAGUCAUCAAUCCGAAAGAUUUGGAUCGCUUUCAAGCAGGAAUUAUUGAGACUCUUUUUGAACUAUAAAGAAUAUUUCCACCUUCUUUUAUUGACAUAAUGAUCCACUUACCGAUUCAUUUGGUUGAUGAAAUCAAGCGUGGUGGACCGGUGUGUGAUUGGUGGAUGUACCCUAUAGAAAGGUACCUCGAAAAGUUAAAAUCAUAUGUUAAAAACCGAUGUCGCCCCGAGGCUUCUAUAGAAGAAGGUUAUUUGGCUGAAGAGUGCUUGAUAUUUUGCUCUAGGUAUUUGAAUUCUAGUGUAAAGAAACGAUCUAAGUGGUUUAACAAAAGUCAAGAGAAAACUGAUGAAAUUGAUGAAGAAUCAUCUUUAUUCCCUAAGGCAGGUUAUCCUCUUGGGAGGAAAAAGAAAGGGAAGGAGAAAGGGAAGGCAUACACUCUUGAUUCAGACAAAAUGGCUCUAGCACAUCGUUAUGUGUUGUUUAAUUGUGAAGAUGACCAAGUUGAGAAUUACAUCAAGUGAGUAAUUUUUUUAAUAUCUUAUCAAUUGUGUUUACAUUUAUAUUGUUUUAUUACCUUACUUAUAUGGUUAAUAGGGCUGGCAAACAGGUCGGGUCGGGUUCAGGUUGACCUGUUUACAUAAACAGGUCAGGACCCCCCAACCUGAACCCGACCUGUUUACUUCAGAAAAUUCAACCCGAACCCGACCUGGUUUUAAGCGGGUUGACCUGAACCCGACCCGUCUUAACCUGUUUUUUUAUUUUAAAAAAUAUUGAUUAACCUUGUUAUUUUUUUUUAACCUGUAAUCUUUUUAACUAAUCUUGUAAUUUUUAAAAAUAAAAAUACAAUUAAUUUUCAAAAAUUAACCUGAAAUAUUAAACAACAUAAAAAAAUGUAAAAUGCAAAUUCAAAGCCACUUGCUGCAUAGUUUAUAGUACAAUUAUAUAACACUAAAAAGUUCCAAGAGUUCCAAAAUACAUAUAACAGAAAUUCAAUAUUUUCCAAUUAGUAACUUCAUCAUCUGAUUCUUCAUAACCAGCAAGUUCAACGGGUAAAGGAGGAAGAGGACAAUCAAGUAUCAACCAUCUAUUAAUUAAGAAUAAAUUAGUUAAUUAGAUAAAUAAUUAGGCUAACUUUAUCAAAAUACUAAAUGCCAAAUGCAGACUUAGCACAAAAUCACUUAUCUCACUCAUAAACUCAUAAAAAAACAGUUGUAAAAACAAGUAAUCUCACUCAUAAUCAGAUGGUGAAAAAACCGCAUGCACAAAACGCACUCAUAACAAACGAGCUUAAAUCAAAAAAAAGUAAAUCGAAGAAAUUAAAUCGCAAACAAGUAAACACAUAAAAACAAACUAAUGUUGAGAUGAAAUUGAAGAACUAAGAUAAAAUGCAUAAAAAAACAGAACAAUUAAGUAAAGAGAAUUAAUUAGCAAGCAAAUUACCUUUGACAAUGUUGAGAUGAAGAUUCACAAGCUUUAAUAAACAAUUUUCAUGGAAAAAAUAUGAAAACAAGAGAGAAGAGAGAUGAAAGAGAGAGAGAGGAGAGAGAAUGAGUGAAAG